AGUUCUGACUGUUUCUACUUAGAUUCUUAAGGAUUUUUACAGCUUGGACUGGUGUUCCAGAUAAACCAGUAUAAGAAGCCCGGCUAUGUGCAUUUGUAUCUUUGGUCUAUGCAUAUGUUAGUUCUUUAAACAAAAUAUAUCAUAUGAUGUACAAGUCUAUUUUCGCCAGAAGUUUCAGUGAGCAUGAGCAGAAGAAGAUGGGCUGCGGAGCUUUUAUUGGUUGUUUGAUCAUCGCAUUCUGCAUCUGCGCCUUCUUCAGCCCUUCUCUCGCCCCUCUACCAACUCGUGAGUUGAAGUUCGCAACAGGAAUUAACCUCAAGAUGCUGAGGAAUACUGUGGAAGCAAGCAAACCUCAAAACUUAAGUACUGUGGAAGCAAGCAACCCUCCAAACUUGAGGGCAGAUGUGAUUACAAUGGAAUCCCAGAUAAUUUGCAAUUUUACAGAAGCAGCGUCAGAUUUUUGUGAGAUGCAUGGAGACAUAAGGAUUCAUGGCAACUCAUCAACGAUAUUCGUGCCUGGUUUUAACCUAGAAGAUACAUUUACUGGACAAAAUUCACUAGGCAUAAAGCCUUAUGCAAGAAAAGGAGAUGAAGGUGCUAUGGAAACUGUAAGAUCAUUCACAUUUUCUCCGGAAAUGCCCGGCUGUACAAGUAAUCACAGUGUUCCGGGUAUAGUUUUCUCCAUUGGAGGAUAUGCAGAGAACAACUUCCACGGCUUCACUGAUGUAGUCAUUCCAUUAUAUCUAACUUCCCGAAAAUUUAAGGGUCAGGUAAAAUUCCUUCUAGCAGACAAGAAUGCGCGGUGGACUACCAAGUUUAAGAUUAUAUUAGAGAAGUUGUCAAAUUAUAAGGCUAUUGACAUAGAUAAAGAAGAGGGAGUGCAUUGCUUUCCAAGAAUCAUACUUGGUCUCGAAAAACAUAAGGAGCUGAAUAUUGAUCCCCUGAAAUCACCACAUUACUCAAUGAAGAACUUUCGGGAGUUCUUAAGAAGUUCAUACCACUUGAAGAGGGAAUACGCGAUUACACUGAGGCACGGAGAAAAGAAAAGGCCAAGGCUCCUCAUUAUUUCAAGAAAAAGAACCAGGGCUUUUAUGAAUGAACAGGAACUAGUUAAAAUGGCUCAGAAUUUGAAGUUUGAUGUAGUACUUCUAGAGGCCCACUCGAAUUUAACAGAGUUUUCAGAGGUGGUGAAUUCUUGUGAUGUGAUGAUGGGUGUGCAUGGUGCUGGACUAACAAAUCUUGUUUUCCUCCCAAAUAACGCUGUUUUUAUCCAAGUUGUACCAUUAGGACGUCUGGAAUGGCUUGCUAGAACUGAUUUCGGAGAUCCUUCGAAGAAUAUGAACUUAAGGUACUUGGAGUAUAGGAUUGAACAGAGGGAGAGCUCCUUGAUACAAAAGUACCCACCUGAGGAUAUAGUGUUUAAGGACCCUUACUUAAUCCAGAGAAGGGGUUGGUCUGAUUUUAGGUCUGUGUAUUUAGACAAUCAGAAUGUAAAACUUGAUGUACGUAGGUUUAGAGCAACUUUGGUGGAAGCUCUUCGGAUGCUGAGUAUGUAAAUACUAAAUGUUUCAGUAUUGAUGCAAAUUCUUCACAA